AUCGUUGCCACUCUCUGGGUCUGUAGCCUGCUGCCCUACGCAACUAAUACGAUUUAACAAGCCAAUUUUCGAGGAACACAACGUACAUUGUUUGAUUUGGUUCUGCAAAUGUCGCUAGAUCGAUGGAGCUCAAUUAUUUUUUCCACGGGAAGUAGUUAAAAGUUGAUGACGUUCUAUUUAUUUCUCGAUUGAGCCGGUGAGCGGAGCAGCAGGCAACGUCCUUCUCUUUUGCGAUGACAACAUGGCUUCCAAUUUUUUAACGUUAUAAAAUACGGACGUCAUUGGUUUUGAUAAAGCACCCGUCGUUGUUCAAUUAAUCAUAUUCAUUUCUGCGUAAACGGAAGCGAUUCAAAACAUUUUGAGGAAAGAUUAUGGAAUGCCAUCGUUCGGUUCCAGGCUAAGAGCUCUUAACAGUUAUUUGUCUUCUAAAGGCAAAGGGACUAUAUGAAUUAAUUCGUGGCGUGGAGCCUCUACUGCCAGAGUCUGGGAUCGUAGCAGACAUUGAGGUGGAGAGCAUUCUCUCUUCAGACUCUAACACUUUCUACCAGCUGAAGAGCCAACCCAUUUCUCUCAGUCCAUCUCAGCCCAACUCAGACACGGCGUCCCCUUCCUCUGGCACGGCCAUGACGUCACGGGUGUUGAUGAGGCAGGAGCUAAUGAGGCAACAGGCCCAGGACCAGGAGAGGAGAGAGGCACAACAGCAGGCAUCCUCUGCCCAGCAACGCUCCACUGACUCCUCCCCCGCCAUCUCCAUGGCCACCGGCCACCCUGGGGCCCGACCACCGCCUGCCCAGGUCCCUGUGGAGGUUCUUAAGGUUCAGACACACCUGGAGAAUCCCACCAAGUACCACAUCCAGGCUUCUCAGCGUCAGCAGGUCAAACAUUACCUCUCCUCCACUCUGGGGAACAAACUGACCAGUCAGACAAUGGGUGCUUCCCCUUCGCCUCAGUCUGGUUCUGCCCCUGAGCUCCAGCCUGCAGCCAGCAGCACUCCGAGCAGCCCCCUGGCUGUCCUAAGUCUGACCUCCAACAAAGAGGAGAUGGAAGAUGUGAUCGAUGACAUCAUGAGUCUUCAGUCCAGUCUCAACGAUGACUUCUUUACGCUGAUCGACUCUGGCCUGCAGCUACCUAGCACUGAGCAGCAGCAUGAUAACAAAAGAAAUAAGAUGAUUGAGCUUCCAGUGUCUGGAAACCUUCUGGAUGUCUACCACACGGCAGGGGUGACUGCUCCAAACAUCACCGUCUCCAACUCCUGCCCUGCGGACGUGCCUAAUGUUAAGACUGAGUUAACCGGUACUGAGGUGGAGGCUAAGGCAAUGAUGAAGGAGCGACAGAAGAAAGACAAUCACAACCAGAUUGAAAGACGGAGAAGGUUCAACAUUAAUGAUCGCAUCAAGGAGCUGGGAGCUCUCAUCCCAAAAUCUAGUGACCCACCCCCCUGCUACGGAGACAGGGAGAUGCGCUGGAACAAGGGCACCAUCCUGAAGGCAUCUGUGGACUACAUCAGGAGGCUGCAGAAAGACCAGCAGAGAGCUAAGGAGAUGGAGACCAAACAGAAGAAGUUGGAGCACAGCAACCGUAGCCUUCUGCUUCGUAUACAGGAGCUAGAGAUGCAGGCCCGCCUCCACGGAAUCUCAACCCCCGCCUCCUCUUCCCUUGGCUCCUCCUCUUCGCACCUCAGCAUAUCACAGUCCAUGGACCCCAGCACAGGCGACGUCCUCUCCAAGACCCUUCUGUCUCUGGGUGGUGGUUCAGGCCUGCAGGCCGCCUCCUCCUUCAUGUCCCCGCCCCCCUCCGCCUCUCCGGUCGGUCUGAUGAACAUGGCCUCCCCUCUGGACCUGGACUCUCUAAGCUUCUCUGAGCUGGACGACCCGUCAACCCGGGCCUUCCACUCCUCCCUUCUGCCAGACAUGGGCCUGGGGGACAUCCUGAUGGAUGACGCAGGGAUGGGGAUGUCCCCGGUUGGGGGUCACGACCCCCUGCUGUCGUCAGUCUCUCCAGGAGCCUCCAAGACUUCUAGCCGUCGGAGCAGCUUCAGCAUGGAGGAGGACUUAUAACCCUGACCUUUCAUCCCUAACCCCGGAGGACCUUUGACCCAAACCAACUCCUACACCCUAGACUGAACCCUACAUCCUAGACUAAACCCUACAUCCUAGGCUAAAUCCUAGCCCCUACACCUUAGGCUAAUUACAACUGAAAAUGAAUUUGCUGUUAUGUUUGACUUACUCCAAUGUCAUGAACAAAGUUACCCUAGAGGGCGGAGCCUCCAAUUACACUUGGGGCGGAGCCUCCAAUUACCCUAGAGGGCGGAGCCUCCAAUUACACUUGGGGCGGAGCCUUCACUCACCCUGCAUGGCUUAAAUCCUUUCAUCACAGUGGUGUCAAAAGUUUUAGUUUAAUCUAGGAUUGUGAAAUUCCGAUACAUUUCCCUAAAAUUCCCAUGUUUUCCAGACAUUCCUGCAUUAGAUUUCUGGACCUGCUUAUUGACUUAUGAAAACAGCAGUCUUCUAACUGGGAUUUCUGGAAACUUGAGAUUUUGGGGAAAAUAGACAUUCAAGUUAGCGUUUUGGGAAAACCUCCUGGCCACAAUGAUGCAAUCCAAUGCAGCUCUCAUUACGUUUUGUCUUCAUGCUUGUAAAACAAAAGAUGGAGAAAUGGAAAAUCUACGGAGAACUCAAAGCUGUUUUGUAGCAUUAAAACAGAAUGGUAGACUACAGAGAGCAGAUGUAAGUACACAUAGAUUUUCACCUAUUUUUAUGUACAUUUUUUAUUUCGUAGUUGUGAAUAGCAAUGCUGAGCACUCUAUAUGAUAGAUCUAUAUGCAAAAAGUAGGAACGGGAGUUAGGCCAUAUUGUUUCAAUGAAACAAAGAUUAAUUACAGCAGAUAUUCAGAAAGCCACAAAUAUUACAUUUAACAUUCAACACCAUUAGGAGUUUUGAUGUAUCAUGAGACCUCAGAUUUUUUUUUAUGGAUUUUGCAAAAAAAAAGGAUUGCUCUGUUCUCCGUUGGCGCGAUAAAAAGGCAGAUUUAUUUCUUCUAGAAAUGUCAUAUAUCCUGCACUAGUGUGUUGAUAUUGUGUUCUAGUGUGCCAAAAGUCAUCAAGGAAAAUCAGGUUGAACAGCCAGUCAGUGGAACUGUGGACUUAAGGGUUAAUGCGGACAGUGGUCCCGUCUGGCCAGGGGAGGUCAGUGGUCCCGUCUGGCCAGGGGAGGUCAGUGGUCCCGUCUGGCCAGGGGAGGUCAGUGGUCCCGUCUGGCCGGGGGAGGUCAGUGGUCCCGUCUGGCCGGGGGAGGUCAGUGGUCCCGUCUGGCCAGGGUCAGGUCACAGGUCACUAUCACUGGAAUCAAAUCCGUUAAUUUCAGGAACUGGAGAGAAACUCUGAGAACGUAAUUGCAUUUAUUUUGUUACUGAUUUUAAUUAUCAUGACUUACUUUAACCCUCCUGUCAGCCACUUAAAUGCAGUAUUGUAGCUGUUAUAUGACUCCUCAUACAGUGUUAUUGACAGUGGCUUUUGACUGUAUUUACAUGUUAAUCAUCAUCCAGAGUAAUUCAACCUGGGAUCCCUAAUGGCCUUUUUGGACUUAGACAUAUAUCAUACAUUAGACAUUCAUCAUACAUACAUUAUGCAUUAUACAUACAUUACGCAUACCUUAUACAUACAUU